AUGUUUUGUGAAGCUAAAACGCGUUUAGAAAUGUUUAACUCAGCUAUUUUUGAAGACAUUUUGGAUCCGGUAGAAACCUGUUUUACAUUUUACUUAAUUGUAUCACAAAAAAAUGCUCGUUUUAGAACAAUCUGUUAUGAUUUGUAUUCAGUUGUCGCUUUAAAUGCUCAUAAAAUGAGUAAUUUGAAUAAAAACGACAGAAAGAAGAAAAUGUUUAAAGCAAGUGCACAGAAAAGUUUGAGAGUCUGUGGUGUAAGUCAGAAUGAUUUCUUUCUACAAAGCACGCUUAACAAUUCGUAG